AUCAAGUAACUGUUAAGCGGUCAAAUGAACUUGCGCGGCUUGUCAAGGCUAUUCAAAGUUCACACCUUGGUAGUUAUUGAAAGUUAACAUCGUGCUAAAGCAGUCUAUCUACAACUGGUAACCAGAGCCGAUCUGUCGCGAUAAAUUGGCAUUGUGGUAAUCAAAAGACUGGUUCGUCGCACAUAUAAAUGUUUAUUAAAGUUCAAUAGAGUACAAAUUAUCCAUUAGUACAUAAGGUCUUUCAAUACCUAAUAACUGUUCAUGUGUUUCGGAGAAGAACGUUGAGUAGAUGUUGAAAUUUCAUUCACAAUGUUUUUCCAAGAGAAAAAAGCUAAACAAACAUGUCAUGGGAAUCAUCCAACUUGUGACUCCUAAAUGCCAUGGAAAAGGUUGCUUACGUACCAACGGUAUAACAAAAUUGUAUUCUGAAUUAAAAGACUUACAGUUACGACUGUUAACACUUGCAAAACCGGCUGAAAGCAAGAAGUAAUUGUCUCAGUAUAAAUGUUUAUCAGAAACUAAUAUAAACACAUAAACCGGUAUUUAAUCAUAGACCUAAAGUUGAUUUAGUUCACCUUUUUCUUUGAAUCGCCAUCCACGCUUAUUUAAUUUCUCCAAUUGAUUGGAGAAAACCGGAAAUUUCCACCAAUAUUUUGGGGAUUUUCCCCUGACCUGCGGAAAGUUUUGAGUUUUUCUGUCAUUUCCUCAAAGUUCCCUACUGAGACUUCCCUAAAAUUUACCCAGAAUGUCUGAAGUUUUCCCCAACAUAAUAAGAUUGGAAUGUCAUAUCCUUUGUAGUUAAAGAAAAUGAUCAGUCAACUGAAUUAAUUUCAGAUAUUAAAAGUCAUGCUAGUGUGUCGAGUUAGAGUUAUCACUGCAAAGAGUUUUCGCCACCGACUUGCAUUAGUUGUAGUGCAAGAAAGGUAGAGUUAGGUGCUACCAGUUAAGCUUGAGUUUUGAGUCAGGUUUGGAAAUUGGGGCCGAGUUUCUAAUCACUAUCUAACAUUAGCUAUGAUGCUUUUUCAUUCUUCUGCUCAGAAACUCAAGAAAAUUAAGGUGAGUUUAAAAUAAAUAAUAUUAUCUCGCUACACCAAACACUAAUCAAAUGUUCUUCACUACUCAUUGAAUUAUAUUAAGUACUUGACUCUAAGGCCAUCCAUGACUAGUAGUCUUACCAAAUCCUUAACAUCCUUAAAGACGGUCGGUUUGGUCUCAUAGACAAAAACCCAGGAGCAGAGCAUUUAGGGUCAGUUCUUUAAAAAGUUUUUGACUUCAAAAAAUAUUGUGUAAACUUUUGGAAAAAUCCUACACAGGUAAAUUUUGGGAUUCUUAGUCGCAUCUUUCUGAAAGUCACCCGAAAUUUCCAUCACUACUUUCCCAAGAGUAACCCAAAAAUUUUCAAACUAGUCAUAAAAUUGGGAGUUUACUCUUCUGUGUUUGUAACUGGGAAAAUUCAGUCACUUUUGAACGCACCUAUCUAAAGCUCCUAGUGUUAUAUGUUCUGAUAAAUAAUAACAGUAAUUCAUUACUAAAUGCUCUAAAUAAAAACUUGGGAGUAAACUACUUGACUUUGGUUUUUGAAUUCUUUUAUAAUGUCCUCUCAAAUGUUUAGUCCUUAAUGAAAUAACGAAAUAAGAACUAAUACCAUGACCAUCCUUAUAUUUUCAAAGUACCAUAAACUAGUAUUUGUCUACCUCAUAUUUUCGUAAGAUGACAUAAACGGGUUGAGGUGUCUUCGUGUUUGCAGGUUAGAUAAAUUUUUCACGGUCCUAGUGAAUAUUACCACCUUUUAAAAGCAUCUAAACAACUUUGUUCUCCAAGUUAAAGACUUUAACAAACGUCAGUGUUCUGUGAGCCCUUCCAGCCAUGAAAUUGCAGAUGUCCGGUACUUCCUGGUUUUACACGGUUGUUUCUAGGGUAUAUGAACAAUUCAUUAAAAAUAUACUUAGUUGUAGAUAUUUAUCAAUAAUUUAUCAUUUACGCAUAUGAGCAUUAUAUACGGCACACUUACAUACAUGCAUUUUUAACCCAUACAACUCUUUUGAUCAUAAUUUUUUUACCAGGGUUCUGCGAAAUCGUCGGUUGUUCGUGUUAUUUUCAUUAUUCAGUAGUGUAUCACUUCUGACUUUUAUCUUUUAUGCUAAUAAAUGGUUUCUAAAUUAUCAUUAUGCAAAUUGUUUUAUGUCGGCAAAACAGUUCUCAAAAACAGAUAAUUAUUCAUUUGUCAAUAGCAAUAAUGCUCAUAGUGCGGACAGUAAUAUCAAGUCAUAUCCAGUUGUUGUUUACAACAGAAUCCCUAAAACAGGUAGUACAUCUUUAAUAAACUUAGUCUAUCAAUUAAUUGAAGAAAAUUACAGUCAUACACAUGUGAUACACUUGAACAUUUCUUCAAAUAAACAUUAUUUAAAUCGUGUAAAUGAAUUAUAUCUUAUAGAUAAUCUGACACAUUGGACCAGUAUGCAUCCACUGAUUAUACAUGGGCAUUUUGCUUAUAUAAAUUUUCUCAAAUAUGGAUCAUUAUUUAACCCAAUAUAUAUUAAUAUGAUAAGAAAUCCGUUAGACAGAUUAGUGUCUUAUUAUUACUUUCUACGAUACGGCGAUGAUUACAGGCCAUAUCUGAUACGUAAACGUAUGUUUGAUCUUGUGACUCGCAACCAAACAUUUGAUGAAUGUGUUCUUGUAAAUGGUAGUGAUUGUAGUCCACAACUUCUCUGGGUCCAAGUACCGUUUUUCUGCGGACAAGCAAUGUAUUGCAGAAUCCCUGGUAAUCCAGUUGCUUUAGAAACUGCUAAACGUCGUGUGAUUGAAGAUUAUCUUAUUGUUGGCCUGACAGAAGAAUUUGAUAAAUUUGUCAACUUGUUAGAACUACUCUUACCAUCAUUCUUUACCGGUGCUCAUAAUCUAAUAUCUCGUUCAAAAGAUAAAUGGCAUCUAAGACGCACAAACUAUAAAUUACCAAUUAGUAAAGCAACGACUAAAAUAUAUCAAGACAAUCCGAUUUGGCAAGCUGAACAAGAGUUUUACAACUUUGUACGUACAGAAUUCCAUACAAUACUCAAUGCUCUCCAAGGACAGUCUUCACACCAACCACUUUCAAGAUUUUCUGCAUUGUAUAAAGAAAAGAUUUAUUUUGAUAAAAUCCGUCCAAAAUUUGGCGCUUAACUUGGAAUACUUUUUUUUGCUCUAAUAUAUACAAUCCUUUUAUCAUGGUAGACGUUUCAGAAAAUAAUUUAUUUGGACCAUGUUUUGUACUUUAUUUUAUUAACCGCUUUUAUUUACAUCGAGUUGCAUUUAAUUGAAAUUGCCUUGUACAAUUAGUACUUUAUAAGUCUUUUACUCUGGCUUUUUUUCAUGGACAAUUAGUAGAUAUAAUCGAUUUCACAAAUCAAGUUAUUGGUUACUUUUUUUUAACUACAUCAAUCUCAUGCAUUUAAUAAACAUUUUUGCUGACUUCAAAUGAUACUUAUCAAUUCUGUUAUAAAUAAAACAAUGGAAAGGUAGAACUGUACACUUAAGCUGUUUAAAUAUUUGUGGAUUGACGAUAAUGUAGACUACAUGUGCUUAAUAUUGUUUGUUACUGAAUAGAAAUAUUAUGUACAAGGAAAUCGUAGUAUGUUGCAGAGAUCGGUGUUGUUGUCCAGUUAAUAUAAUAUUCUAAUCCUGACCACGACAUAUACUACUUAUGUUGAUAUAAGUAGCACAACAACAACGGUGUGAGAAAGUUGAGAAAAAGAAAAUUCACGAUCUACAAUACCAGCAAUAAGAAAAUUGUAUUCUAUGUACUGAUGUAAUAUAUAUUUUUAAUUCAAUAGAAAACAAUUAUCUAUAUGUAAGUAAUAAUGGGAAUCUUCAUUAAAAAAACUGAAUGGAAUGAAUUAACUAAAGCAGUCGGUCAAACAAAUAACAAUUAUCAUCAUUACUGUUUGAAGGUAAAGGAUACACACAAAAAAGACAAUUCAUUAUAUCAAUGUUAUAAUAUAUUAAAUAUUUCAAUUUAAAUAUGUAGAAUUGAUAGAGUUAAUUAUUUGAUGAUCUUGAAGAAAUUAAAAAGAUAAACGGACAUUUUUUGCUCAUUAAACUUAUUGUAUUGUUAAUUCUACUACGACAUAUUGAUCAUAAAAAAAGAAUAAAAUAACAACAAAAUAAGAUGUUACAAUGAAAAAAUCAAACAAAGAAAGAAUAGUGGUUCAUGUGGUAGUAGGGGGAUCUCCGAUACUCUCAUUUACUGUUCUGAUUGAGUUUGAAGAUGAUACUGAUGAUGAUGGUGCUACUGACGAGGACGACGAGGAUGAUAAUAAUGGUGUGACAAAAUUUGAGGUAACCACUGAUACGGCUGAAUUUAAAGCAUUUGAUAUCUGAAGCGAAAUUGAUAAACAAAAUUCAGAUAGAUGUAAGCUAACAAGUUAGGAUUUGUAGAAAUCAUCAUUAUGAAUUUUGAACAACCGUUUCAAGAUUAUCGUUAUUACAUUUUAUCAUCUCAAAGUAGUAUUAAUUGAAGGAUCGUUAAAAAUAAAAAACCAAGAAAAUAUAUUAAACAUGUUUGCUGUCCAGCUUAACUGGGAAUUCUUCAAAAGUGGUUCAAAAUUAAUGGAUUUUUGAAUAAUAAAGUGGUGUACAAAACAACUGAAUUAUAUUUGCAAAGACUUACAUUAUAACAACGGUUGUUAAGAUAAUAGUUAAUACUGG